UUUGGAAGGUUCUUUGAUUUCCUGGAGGUUUCUAUUGUUUAUAGGUUUCUUAUCCUGCUUUAAAGCUUGAUUUCCAGUGAGAUUAAGCUACUUUCUUUUUAAAGCUUACAUUUAAGUGAUUAUGAAAUUCACAAACACGACAAAUAUAAAAGACUUCAUGAUCAUUGGAUUCCCUGGACUUCCACCUGAGUACAAUGGAGCGGUGUCUGUUCUCCUCCUCCUCAUUUAUCUGGCCAUUGUGGUGGGAAACACUUUCAUUUUAACCGUGAUUCUGUUCGAGCGGACUCUUCGCAAACCGACAUAUUUCAUCUUCUGCCACCUGGCAAUGACAGACAUGACUUUUGGCACCGUGACGCUUCCAAAAAUCAUUGCCAGAUACUGGUGGAAUGACAUGACAACAUCAAUCGGAGCCUGCUUUACACAAAUGUACUUCGUCCACGCUUUGGGAGCAAUCGUUUCGUUAAUUUUGUUGAUUAUGGCCUUGGAUCGUUUUGUUGCCAUAUGGCUUCCUUUCCGAUAUCCUGUUUGGGUCACGAACAAAACAGUUUGCAUUGUUUGUGUCUUGUCCUGCCUUGCAACAUUUAUACGUAUGACGGGGAUCGUGCUCCACGCCUCGUCUUUACCUUACUGUGACCUCAAUGUCAUUAUACAUUGUUACUGUGAUCAUUUAUCGAUAACUCGGCUGGGAUGUGGGGAAAAUGUUAUAUAUGUUAAAACGGUCGCUCUUGCCAAUGCCAUGGUCGUGUUGCUGUUUCCUUUAGCUUUUAUUAUUAUAUCGUACUUUUCUAUUAUCGUAGCUGCUUUGAAAAUGUCUCAAGCUGAGCGGUCGAACAAAGUCAUCUCCACAUGUGCUCCUCAGAUUUUCAUCACCUGCCUUUAUUAUGUGCCAAGGUGUUUUGUUUAUCUCUCCAGCCAUUUGGGCUUCCAGUUCAGCACUGAUGCUCGUAUUAUUAUCACAAUGAUGUACAGCCUCAUACCUCCCGUAGUUAAUCCACUCAUCUAUUGUCUCAAGACAAAAGACAUUAAAAAGGUUUUGACAGAGAGGUUCCAAAGAAGAAAAGUGGCAGCUGCACAAAGACAUGUCCAAAAAAACAAUGUAAAAUAACUUGUCAUA